AUGAGGAACAAGAGAAAAAGGCAGAGUAUUCUACCUAUGACUGUGUUGGUAGUAAUGUUGUUCUAUUUCACACAUUACGCGCAAGUAAAGCAUGCCCAAGGUUCAGCAUUGGAAAGAAGUAGAUACAGCAGAUCAACUGAUCAAAUUCAUGAUAAUAUCGAUAUUGUUGAUGCUGAACGUGACGAAAAAAAUUAUGAAGUCGAUCCCGAACGUGACACAACAGCAGAUCCAGUGGAUGUCAAGCGUGAUGCACCAAUUGAUCGAGUAGUCGAUCCUGAACACGUUGAAACAAUUCAUCAUCCUGAACGUGAAUCAACAAUUGUUGAAGUUGAUCCUCAAAAUGACACAAUAACUGAUGCAGGUGAUUCUGAACGUGACUCAACAAUUGAUCUAGUCAAUACCGAACGUGACACGGUAAUUGAUGAAGCCGAUCCUGAACGUGAGACGACAAUCAAUCCAGUUGAUCCGGAACGUGAAAUAACAAUUGAUUCUGUUGGUCCAAAACGCGUCAACGUAGCUGUCGAUGAAGUCCAUCCCGAACGUGACACGGUAAUUGAUGAAGUCGAUCCUGGACGUGAGACGACAAUCAAUCCAGUUGAUCCUGAACGUGAAAUAACAAUCGAUUCCGUUGGUCCAAAACGCGUCGACGUAGCAGUCGAUGAAGUCCACACCGAACGUGACACGGUAAUUGAUAAAGCCGAUCCUGAACGUGAGACGACAAUCAAUCCAGUUGAUACCGACCGUGGAACAACGAUUGAUUCGGUUGAUGCUGAACGAGACCCGACAAUUCAUCAAGUCGAUCCUGCUCAUGAGGCGACAAUCAAUCCAGUUGAACAUGAGACAGUAAUUGAUUCAGUUGAUCUCGAAUAUGAUUCGACAAUUGGACCAUUCUUUUCUGAACAUGGCCCAACAAGUGAUCCUGGACGAAACGGUACAUUUCAUGCAUUUGGUCUUGCAGACGAUGAAGUUACCGUUAGUCUACUCGAUGAUGAGACUGUAACUGGUACUAUCAAUACACUGGAAAACCUGACAACUCGUGCUGGAGCUUUAGAAGACAUUAACAGCUGCGGUGGUGACAUCUCUACUUACACGUGCAUGGAGAAUACUUGCAGAGGAAGAUGUGGGCAGAUGAACAAUUACACGAAUGCCUUUUGGCUCUGCUCUUGCGAUGCGGCGUGUCUCGUCUAUGGUGAUUGCUGCAAGGACUAUAACGAUGCUUGCGGCAACCGUACAUUCAACAUUGAGAUGAAGGAACCAUUCGUUUGCAAACAAAUAGGACCUGGUCAAUACGUAUACAUGAAGCAAUCCUGUCGACCCGACUUCACUGAUGUAGAUGUCAUUCAGAAGUGUUACGAGGAAAGUGGUUUAGAGGGUGCCAUUCCAGUGACGGAUGGACUGACAAACGUUGUUUAUGUCAACUAUUUUUGCGCUAUGUGUAACAUGGCCAGUGAAAACGCUGUUCCUUGGAAAAUAGAGAUGCGUUGUCAAAUGCAGUAUCCCCCACAAUUACCCGUAUCAGACAGUGCUUAUUUCAUCGAUUUGUGUCUUAAUCGGGUCGAAAGUCGAGACUGCGGACGUUAUUUGCCAAACGAAGGCAGUAAGAUAUCCAACUUCUUUGCUUACUCCGUAUUGGUUGAUGUGAUCAGUGAUUCUGGUUCCGUAUUGCAGAUCAAGGGAGAUUCGAGUAUCGUGGGCGUUGACUCUGUUAUAAAGGUGAACGGCACAGAGAUGAAUAUGAUAAAAUGUCCCAAUCGGUUUAAACUUGUCAAAAACGAAUGCGUGUUAUAUGAGACACAAUUAAAAGUUUUCUGUAAAAUUCCAACAGGAAGCAACGCUCAAAACACAAAAGCGCUCGUGACAAAGGUUAUUACAGAAGCCUACGACAUCAUUGGUAUUCUUUAUGUAAAGGCUCAGUCUGAUGGUUUCAUGCAUUGUCACUUCUUUGUCCCCGCGCUGCAAAAUGAAACAUUUGAUUUGAAGACUAAGUUUGAUCACAAUGAGAAAAUCCUCCGGCGAUCUUUUCCUCCUGUCGAUUCAACUUCACCAGAACGCUAUUGUAUAUUUGAUGAUGAUGAGACCGAAAUGUCUCGCGCUAAUCUGGUUGAACACCAAUCGGUAACACCAGAGACACCACACUUGUCUAAUGGAAACGGUCGUAUUACGAAUGCUGGAACCAGGCUCUUGUCAGCAAAGCAAACUGUUGGUACAAUUGAUUUGAAUAUUCAUGAACUGGAGAUGGUAGCCAAUCACUUGAGUAUAGAGGAGUGUAGGAAAUUAUCCGAAGCGUUACAUAUGACACAUUUUAGAUUGGAUCAUCCGGUAACAGGGAAAAAUGAGCCAAAGAUGGGGUGUCUAGAUCUUUUGCUACAUUGGGACAGUCACGAGGGUCGAGGUAAAACAUUCCACGACCUUGCCAUCCGUCUCAACGAACUUGGUCACAAAGAUCUGGGAGACAAACUCAGUAGAGCCGUGUACCACGAACAAUCAUUUAAGGUUCAUAAAUACUUCCUCGAUGAUCCAUUCAAGGAGAAAAUCCAUCACGAUUCUAAACUGUUGGACGAAGACGACGACGACGACGCCGUGGAGGUGACAACUAAAGUACCGCAAGAAAAAGACGACGCAUGGACGUGGUUUCACACUCUUGGUGUAGCCACUGCGGUGUUCAGUUUCCUGUUUAUCACGAUUUUCAUAUACGUUAAGUGUAUCCCAGAGAAAUAUAAAUGUAAAUGCUGUCAUCCCUGUUAUACACGGUGCAGGAAAAGCUUCUAUCAAAACAUCGUCGGAGCUAAGAAAGUACCAGAGGAUGAGAAACCUUUUCUUAUUUUAUAGAUGUCGCUUCUAAAAAUGGCUUCAACGUUCUUUUGGUAAUAAAAUGUGUACAGAAAAAGAAUUCAACAUAAACUAGUGCACUGGAUAUCAUGUUAACUAUUGUUAUUAUUCAGUAUUGCAUUU